UAUAAAUCCGCAAACCCCGCUCAGCCAGCGGAACAGUACGACGAAAAUACCUGGAUGACUGAAGUCGUAUUUUGCCAGCUUGAAAUUUGAUUAUUGAGCGCGUUUUAACGUAUUUCAUCAGUAAGGAGACAGUUCUUUGAAAAUUCACUGGUUUCAUAUUGGCUUGCAGGUAGUUAUGGUGCGAUAUAUCGCGUGUUUCACGUUCCUGGUGGCCUGGUUGUUUGUGGUACCAACGGACGCCUGGCAAGGUCACUACGAGACGUAUCUUGUGAGACGAGAACGACUUAACAGCUACUGUAUUUGUUGGUACUGGUGGUGGGGAUGUUCGUAUUUUCGGCACUACUGGGAGACAUAUUAUACCUACGAAUACAGAUGUAGUGCAGGGUGGUUUCACAAUGGUGACCAGAAUUGCAAUCGUCCUAUCUGCAGCCCAGACUGCGCCAACGGCGGGACUUGUACUAGCCCAAACCAGUGCAGCUGUCCUUCUACUUCACAAGGGCCUUAUUGCCGGAAAUUGACUUGUUCCUAUGCGAGACCGUGCUACCCCGGAGAAUGCCUUGAUGACGUCUCGUGCAGGUGUUCAGAAGGAUUUUCGUUGAACAGCACCUCCAACGGAUGCACGAACUUCAUUGAAAGCGAAAAACGCCUUCAACCUCAGAUUGUUCAAUCGAACGUCAGCAUCAAAAACAUCCGUCGAUUCGACAAUAGAAUAAAUUUCAUGUUUGUGUUGGAGAUUUUGGAUGUGAACUCGUCAUUAGUCUGGAGCAACCAGCGGGAGUUUAACAACCUCAAGUUCGAAAUGAAGGCAUUGUUUGAUGGCAUUGACAACCUUCCAAAUCGCCCUAAUUACGUUCACGAAAAUAAAAUCGGAAUUGUACAGAAUAUCAUCACUGCUAAUGUCAGCAAAAUUCCGCGAAGAGGAUCAGUGCGCGAUUCUGGCUCGUUUAAGGAAUAUGCGUGUCAAGGCGUGGCUAGAAACAGCCCAAAGGAGGAGUCCGCUACCUGCGUCAUCGAUGAUGACCAGUUUGUGACUCUUAUUGAACACGGAGAUUGGCUCACAGUUCAAUUUCGGUCUACAAGCGGUGGCUUUCAGGAGCUUCGGAAUACUGAUCGACAAAGCGAACCUUACGCUACCAAAUAUUACAACGGGCUUUCGGUCAUCAAAACGGUUGAGUUUCGGUUCGACUUCAUAGCCCCGAUACACUGCUCAGAAGAUGAUAAAAGAACCUGUCCAACUAAUGAUACUAUUCUUGACAUACCGGACGUUUAUACGAAGAACCCUAUCAGACCGCGUUGGCUAGGCUGGACGGACGAACUGUCUGGGGUAGGUGAAUACUACAUGGAAGUGUUUAAGCUUGGGCCAAACAGAGACGAACGUCUGGUUGAGACGACUCCUUUAAACCCCGAGUUCUUUGCAACUAUACCCCAUACUAACGGCACUAUUCAGUACCCGGAAUACAGGCCAUCGGCUCCUGGGAUGUACAGCGUCCUUUUGGAGGUCCGUGACUUCUCCAACAACUCUCGGAUUGCUCGCCGGUUUGUGUUGUACGACGCCACCUCCUCAAUAUCUCUGAACAACAAGACCGCCAAACUGUACGUGUCGUCUGCUGUUGAGGAGACCGGAUACACCUGGCAGACACCGGCGGCAACAGGUAAUCAAGUGACAGUCAGUGUCGCUUGGCCGAAUUAUUUUGUCAACCACGUACAUGAAGAUGGUCUUUUCCUCGGGGAAAUCGAGCAUUAUCCGAUUCAGUUCAAAGAGAUACAAGAUGACGGAGUACUGUUCAGUCAAAAAUAUGUAGCGGAUGUUCUAGACGACAAUGUAGAGCCUCGAACCCGAAGGGCGAUAUCGAACUUUCACGGUAUAGUCAAGUACGAGAUCUUCUGGGGGUCAACAGUAGAUACAAGGGAACCCACAUCCGGUUGGGAAAUCAUACCACUGAAAGAGUCGUUUACUGCAACCAGAAUAUUAGCUGACGGUGACACGUUGCGUGUUUGGAUUCGGGCGACGGACAUCAUCGGCAACACUAAGGCCGACAGCACCGUGGUCACAAUAGACGGUACGCCACCAAUCCUACAGACAAACCAUCCUGGGAAAGACUACGGUCUGAAACGGAACAUAGCAGAUGGACCAUACAACUUUAGCUCCAAAAUCACGUUUGCAGCGUCGGAUAGCAGCAGUGGAGUCCAUAAGAUCGGUUUCAAGGCUAUUGUGAAGACGCAGUCUGGAGAAACCAAGGCGAUGUACAGCAAUUUUACAGCCGCCAACAUGCAAGAAGACCUUUCGAGCGCGUUUUGCAAGAUAGUAGAUCGCGUUUGUUUCUUGCCCGACCAGACCCUCUACCUGGAUAACUGCUGGCUGACCGUUACCAAGUCUGACCUUGACACGGCCACCGCCAUGAUGGAGGUCACUGUCUAUAACCAGGCCAUGCUAUAUACUUCCACCAUGUUCGAUAUUGGUCCAAUAAACAACCUGCAAGGGCUGGAGAAAUACAACGGGCCCCAGAAUCUUCGAGUUGUCAACAAGACCCCGACUGGUUUCAGAAUUGAGUGGGACCUACCUUCACGAGAGUCCUGCUACGGAAGGGCGGACAUUGUGAUAAUCCUGUCUCGCAAAAACUCAAACGGUCAGGAGGUGCUCCACACAUUCUAUACGCCGGGCACCAGCAUGUUUUUUGACAUUCUGGGUCUCACUCCGGAAACGGAGUACACUCUGGGGCUGAACAUUCAAUCACAGGGAGGAAGUGCUCAGAAAACGGAUCUAGCAGUGACGGCAAGAACAGAGAAGCAAGAGAGUGGUGGUGUCUCAAUAGGUGGUAUUAUUGGAGCCGUUAUAGGAGUUUUGGCUGUUGUUGCCAUCGUUGUCUUUGUAAUGGUGAUACUCAUCCGCCGUGGUGUGAUUCGACCUGCUGAACGCGCGCGUGAGGUCGGGCGAAGGAUAUCUCGGCGGGUUCGUCAAAGCCGAAUGUUCGGAGGCGAGACACACAGCAAUCCGUCUUAUAGUGAACAGCGGGCGGGGUCAAUGGCCGCCGAGGAACUUUACCUGUACGGUGGCAUGGACACGUACGCAUCGAAGUCAGUCCUAAGUCGCAAGGAUAUUGUGUUCGAGUCUGUCAUCAAGUCCGGGCACUUUGCUAACAUCUACAAAGCCAAGUACCAGGGAAAAACUGUGGUGGCUAAAACACUGAAAGAGAACUACGCAACCAAUGACGAGUUCCUUAUGAAGGCGAAGAUAAACUUCUCAUCAGAGAAAGUUGGGGACCAUCCCAACGUGUUAAAGUAUUUGGGAUCCGUCCUUGAUGACACGAACAUGGGACCUUUCAUCCUGUAUGAGUACUGCGAGAACGGUACGUUGAAGGAGUACCUGGCUCAGCACAAGUCCAACGUUACCAUGGAGAUCCAGGAGACGCUCUUUCGCAUUGGACUCGAUAUCGCCAAGGGCAUGGAGUACCUGGCUGGAAAAGGGAUAACUCACCGGCGCCUGGCGGCACGCAACAUCCUGAUGACCUUCUUGAACGAAGUUAAGAUCUACGGCUUCGGACCACAACCGGAAGAAGAAGGUGACGGGGAUGCAGAGAGCGGUAAAAAGGAGAGAAUUCCAAUCAAGUGGAUGGCGCCCGAGUGUAUGUCGUCAACGAAAAAUGCAGACGAGAAAAGUGACGUGUGGUCGUUUGGCGUGGUCCUUUGGGAAGUUUUUACUCUGGGAGAGUCUCCGUACGAUAACGUGAGAAGCCGAGACCUGCCAGACAGAUUGAAGAAAAAUGUUCGUCUGCAUAAACCGGAACACUGUGAUGACGUGUGGUACGGCGUGAUGACCAAAUGCUGGGCGUUUCAGUCGAAGAAGCGACCAACGUUUGCUGACAUCAGAACGGAGCUGGACACUAUGUUUGUUGCCUCUCCUGGAGAUGACUACUACUACUAUAAACGCUAACAAAGUUCUAUACUUUGUGAACGAGUACUUCUAUUUUUAAAACAUUUUGUUAUGCUUAAGUAUGUGAAAUGUGUGGACUUUUAUAAGUUUGUUACUUAAUUUGGAUUUAGCUUACUGUGGCGCAUAGGAUUCUCUUCAUGUCUGCAAUUUAUAUUUCUGCCUUAUUACGUAAUCACUUAUAGUGACACUAGAAUAAAAUAUAUAGCAGAAUAA